UAUAUAUUUAUGUUAAUUGUUACAUGUGUAUAUAUAGAGGAGAAAAUCAGAUGGUCUCGUGUAUAGUAUAUACCGUAUUGGUCGAAAAAGACCAGCACAAUGCUGCCCUUCGUUUUGGUAUUACUCGUCGCGACGAGCGCAUUAGCCGCCCCCUCCGUUGUUAUCAGUCAAGACAACAUCAACAACAUCGCGCCAGCUGUUGGCAAUGGACGCCCCAUCUCUAGCGCUUUAAUCGACCGUGCCUUCGAAAUUGUUGACGGCGGUGACACAAACAUCUACAUUUUGACCAUUCAACAAAUCUUGAACGACCUCGCUGACCAACCAGACGGCCUCAGCCAGAGCCUGGCUGUAACCCAAGCCGUCGCAGCUCUCGGUGAGCUCGCAACCGGCGUCCCAGGAAACUCCUGUGAAGCCGCCGCCGUUAUUGAUGCAUACGCCAAUUCGGUCCGCACCGGCGACAACUCAGCACUUUCUAUAGCCGUCGCCAACUACAUCAACCGUCUGUCGUCCAACAUUGGCCUCAUCAGCCAACUCGCCUCCAACCCUGACUCCCUUCGUUACUCGAGCGGCCCCGUCGGCAACUGCGCUGGUGGUGGCAGAAGCUACCAAUUCGAGGCAGCUUGGGAUGCAGUUCUCGACAACGCCAACCCAUACCAGAUUGGCUUGAUCAAUGAAGAGUACUGUGCAGCCAGACGUCUGUACAAUGCCUUCAAUAGCCGCAGUAACAACGUAGGUGCAGCUAUCACAGCCGGUGCUGUCGUAGCACAAACACAAGCUGCACAGAUCAUCCUGCCAUCCCUAGUCAAUGUCUUGUCUGCCGUCGCAGCUGGCGGCAACGUAGCCGGAGCAGCCGCUCAAGCUGGACAAGCCCUCGCCAACGCAGCCGCCAACGUGCAACUGUAAACAAGUUGAACUCACUAACUAUACAUAAUAUAUCGUGUAUAUUUAUAUACCAUAUAACAACCUAAAUAGAAAACGCGAAUCGUCUUUACUCAAUAUAGAUGUAUUCGUACACAUUAUUUAUAUAUAUAGUAUUAUUUACUCAUUAUUAGACAAGGCAAUAAUAAAUUGGCCAUGAAAUAUUUCAACAAUAUUACGUAUACAGUUUAUAUUUGCCUUGCCGUUCCACAUUGACAGAAAUAAACGGUACUAUUUUUUUAUUAUGUGAAUAUACGUUUUUAUACUAAACAAACACGACCUGGCUUUUCAUUUCACGGUAUUCGAUACUUAUUUAAUUUAAUAAAGAUGUAUCCAGUUGUAAAAAUGUAA